CCCCCCCUCAACACUCUCGUGCUCCUCCCUCUUUCCUACCUCCCAUCUUUCCCACCGGGCGCGCUCAGCCAAACCAAUCGACCGGAGCCAGUCGUCGGCACACUGCGGCCCAUGGCCAAGGCGCGCAAGCCCACGGCGUUCUCCGCCGCCGAGCGCUUCCUCGGCUUCCACCACCGCCCCGGCUCCGCCACCGUCGCCCCGUCCCCCUACGACGACCUGCCGGACCUGGCCGAGUCGGACGUCUGGUAUUCGCCAUCGUCGGACGCGCCAACCACCACCGCGGAUCAGGACGGGGUUCAGCGCACCGACAGGGCGCCCAGGGGCGAGCCGCCGCGGCGCGUGGGCGGCCUGAGCCACGCGUUCGCGGACGGGCGGCAGGUGGCGUCGUCGGCGCCCGUCGAGGUGCCCGCGUGGCCGAGCCGGUUCGCCGACCUGGAGCCCGAGCCCGAGCCCGACGAGCAGCAGCAAGAGGACGCCGACGGCUGGGUGCCGCCGCACGUGUACCUGGCGCGGCGUCAGGCCAGGGCCUCGGUGGUCGAGGGCGUCGGACGCACCCUCAAGGGCCGGGACGCGUCGCGGGUGCGUGACGCCGUCUGGAGCCGAACCGGAUUCCCCGGAUGAACUGAACCGGAUCGGCCGGGCUGCUCGGAAUCAGAAAAAAAAUCCCCCUUUUUUCUUCCUUUGGGUCGCAAAUUUUGUAAUAUGGUUUGUUUGAUUUUUGUUUCAGCGAGUUCAUGAGAAGCGAGAGAAUUCGCGAGAAAGACCAAAAGAUGGUGUGCUUUGUUGUUGUAGAAUCAUUGUACAUUUUGUUGAAUUGUUGUUGAUUGUGUAGUUAGGUAGGACUCAACCGAAGAUGGUUGGAGUACUAUUAUUCUUUCUAGUUUGUUGUGGCCUAAAAAAACAAAACCUGACCCAUCUUUGUGACGGGAGCAAUAAUAAUGGCAUGCAGUGCAUUUUCACC